GACCACACUAGUACAUCCGGGACAUUGAGCAGUUUCACAUGUCAGUUGGUUCAGCUGUCAGGACUUUCCUCCGGCAGCUCCUCGGGAUUUAAUUACAUCGUUAGAGAGAAGAGAUGGCGCUGAUGGGAAUUCAGCUGGUGGUCAGCUUGCUGGCUGCCAGCAUUAUGCAGAGGAUGGCUCCACAUUGCUCAUUUGCACGCUGGCUCCUCUGUAACGGCAGUUUGUUCCGGUUCAAACACCCGUCAGAAGGAGAGCUGUGUGCACUGGCCGGGAAACAGAUGCCCAAACAGAGCAGGAGAGACAGGAGACAGAAUGGGGAGAGCAAGCCUCUCACUGUGCCCAAAGACAUCGACCUUCACCUGGAGAAAGCUCCAGUAAAUGCCAUUGAUGCUCUUGUCCUGCGGUUCUUCCUGGAAUACCAGUGGCUGGUAGAUUUUGCAGUAUAUGCAACCGGUGUCUUCCUGUUCACUGAGUGUUACUACAAUGUUGUAGAUGCCAGAAAAGAGGUCAACAUUGGAGCCAUCUGGUGUGUCCUGACUGUACUUUUCAGUCUAAAGACCCUUCAGACUCUGAUGAGCCACUACUUCCGCUCAGAGGAGGGCGGUGAGCGCUCAGUGUGCCUUGCCUUUGGCUUCCUGUCUCUGCUCGUGGCCAUGCUGGUGCUGGUGGUCAGAGAGGACUACCUGGAGUUCGGUUUGGAGUCUGCCUUUUCCAGCCUCUUUGACAACUUGGAAAUCUUUGCCAGACAGCAGGGCUAUGCCGACUGGUCAAUCCCAGUGACCAAGCUGACAGUGAAGCUCGGUCUGGCUGCCAUCUGUGCUUACAUUGGGUCUCUCCUGGCCUUCCCCGGCCUACGACUGGCUCAGACUCAUCUAGAUGCUGUACAGAUGAACUCAGACCGCCCACUCAUCCAGAUUCUGCUGCACAUGGGUUUCUUGUCUCCAGUCAUUGUGUUGAUUCUGUGGGUGAAACCCAUUGCAAGGGACUUCCUGGCCAAUGCACCUAUGGGGAAGACUUCUGUCACAAUAGUUUCCAGUGCAGCAUUUGACAGCAUGCGCCUGUGGAUCAUCGUGGCGUUGUGUCUGCUGCGGCUAGCACUAACUCGUUACCACAUGCAGGCCUACCUCAAUCUGUCUCAGAAGUGGGUGGAGCAGAUGAAGAAGGAGGCGGGACGCAUCGCUGCGAUUGAUAUUCAAAGGAAGGUCACUCGUAUCUUUUGCUACCUGACUGUAGUUACUCUCCAGUACCUGGUUCCUGUUUUUCUCAUCCUGUUCUCCACACUGGCACUCAAAGCAUUAGGCGACUUCUCCUGGAGGACCGGUGCAGAGGAGACCCCCGGAGUGACACCAGCACUGGUGAUGCCCACAGCAGCACCUGUGCUGCCCACUGGUCUCGAUGAGGAUGAAGAGGGGAUGGAGGAUAUGGAGGAGGACAUCCAGGCCACAGUAGCACGCCUCUCAGAGGCCUUCACAGCACUGCGGUCUGUCCUCACUCCACUUUUCUUCCGAGGUUUAUUUGCUUUCCUCACGUGGUGGGUGGCUGCCUGCCAGGUCAUCAGCUCUCUUUUUGGCAUCUACUUCCACCAGUACCUUAUGCAGAACUAACUGAGGAAGACAUACUGUUCUGAUUGCAAUGCAACCCCAGCCCUCAUGCUGUUACAAAGGAGAGCUGCAGACAGCAAAGAGGACAUUUCAUUAAAACACAUAUCUACAGACAGAAUGCACCUUGCUUUUGGCAGCAACAGAAGUUUUGAUAAAGGUUUGUAAAGUAGACGGGUGAUGGGCGUUGUCUGUUGCAAUAUCGGCUACCUUGUUGCCAUUAGGACUUUUUUGUGACCAGCAGGCUACUGGUAUCAAUAACACAAAUGUACAGAGAGAACUGGGGCCUGUAUCACAAAGCAAGUUCAACUUAUGCUGGCUCUCUUUGGGUUACCUGGCUUCACUAGGUCUAAUCCUUAAUUACUGGUAUCACAAAGCUGGUUAUCAACUGGCUCAAUUAGUCCAGGGUUUACUGAUCCAACUACGGGUGCAUUCACGUGAAAGAGGCAGAGUUUUUAAUUAAAUGCAACAUCAAAGGUACUUAAUAUAACACAGUGAUACCCACAGGGAAAUUUGGUUAUUGGUAGCAAAAGGUGAUAUUCAGUGAGGUGAAAAACCCCCUCCUGAUGCUAAAGCAGAAGAAGAAAAGAAAUAAAUUCCUACUAAUAGGGCUGUCCUGAUUACCAUUUUUUGGGCUCUGGUGCUUCAGUAACAAUGACCCACAAAUAUUUGGUUGGGUAACUCCAGUCUGAAGUUCAUUUGAGAAAAAUAUGGGAUCUGAAGGGGUUGAUGAGACAGGGAUGAAAAGCAAGCGUUUUGCUAGUGUUUACUCACAACCUGCUUUAAUCUGCUCACCUUGCUUUUCCCUUCAGUUCUCUUUCCCCCAAACACACACACACACACACACCUCUGUCUCUCUCUCUUUGCAGUACUUUGCACACACCAUCUUCCCCCGUCCCGCCUCUUUCCGUUCCUCUUCCCUUCUGUUGACUUUCUCAGCAGUUUUUUAUAAAUUUGCCCACAUUUUGGAUUUCUCACCUGCGAUUCCUUUUUCACAACAGCAGGCGAGCCCCAUGUGGAGGAGGCUUGUUAUUAAUGACAUAGCACACUGGUUCUCAAACUAUUUUUUUUUUUUUAACUGGAACUUGUGGCUCCAAACAGGAAGUAUUGUAAAUAAAAGUGUGAACCAGAAGUAACCCCUUUCCACCAAAUUAGCUCUGGUUCUUGACCUGGUUUCAUUCAAGGUUCAAGAGCAGUCAACAAUAAAUAAUCCUUUUAUUAGAAAUAAACCUGCCUCCUGCGUGAACUGCGACACUACUGUAUUUUAAUGUCGGUCAUAAUGCUGGUGUUUGGAGAGCCUAAUAUGAGGUUGCACACAGUAUAAAAAGUUUGAGAAACACUGAUGUAGCAUAUUGAAACAAACAUGGUACCAAAUGCUUAACUGGUCCAUGCUUGUGAAAUAGGCUAUCCACAUUCACUUUUUUUUUUUAAAAAUCCCAUAAUAACCGUUCUGAUCAGUUCCGUUAUAAGUGGGCCAGCUUUGUGAUACUGGAAAACAAGAGUUAAGCCCAAAGAUAUCCCGCUGACCUGUUAAUACAGGCCUCUGAUCAUCUUCCAGCUACUUCAGCUGGACUUUUUUCUGCAACUUUUCAGAUGUACCUAUGCCAGUGUUACCUGGAUUGUUCUUCUUAAUAGAACAUUGUUAAAUGCUGCAUAUAAGAUGUUUAAUUGAUACCAGGGGAAGUAUUAGUGCUUAAUCCCUGUGUAGAUAAGACGUUUUAUUUUUGUGAGGGACUCUGUCCCCCCUAAGGAACCGAUUCAAGAGUGCUAAAUCUUCUUAUAUCUUUUUCUGCUGUAAUGUUUUGAUUGCUAAUAAGUAGAAGAGCUCAGAUCCAUCCUAUUGUUUUAAACACAGUUGAAGGUGAAUGAAAACUGGUUGUGGCUGUGUGUUAGCCAAGAACUGAAGAGCUUUUUCCUUCAGAAUUCCUAAGUGCCUGGGAGCUCAGGGAUUUUGAGUCCAUUUUAAAAUCCCCUUUUCUCUGACCAUGUGUAUUUAGAAUGAAUAUAAUCAGUUGAUUAGAUCAAAUUAACACUCCAAACACGUUUUUGUUUUUCCUUUUUUCUUUUCAAACACUACUUACGGGCAACAUUUUCAGUUGCAGUAAAUUUCUUAAUUAGUUACGUCAGCUUUUAGUAUUUUUGCUGUUUUUGUAGCCAAUCAGUCAUGUACAUGUAAGAUUAAUCAAAGCCUACUUAGAAUCAGUUUGGCAUCAGUGGAUUUUAUUUAUUUAUUUAUUUAUGAUACAUUGCCUUUAAUAACUUGUUACUUAGAAAUGAUACAGAUGCUGCAGUUCUGUACAUUUUUAUAUUCUGUUUGUGGCAAAUUUUAGAUUUUAAGUGUGCUUUUUUUUUUAAAUAGUGUAUUUGAAUUGAAUGCUCUGAAAUCAUUAUACUGUGAAGUUCAUAUGAAAAUGUUGCUUUCUGAGAUUUUUCGAAUGCAUGGUGUGCAAACCUUUGGCUGUAACCUGAAUGUUUUUUGUUUGUGUGGCUCAAUAAAACAUUUUAUUAUU